AUGCCAUAUACAACGAACGUUGUCCACCCUGUGUCGAGAUUAUCCACAUUGCAGAACGUUGGAGAAAAGGCGAUGCCGUCUUCGUUGAGCAAUGUCGAGAACGAGGCGGAGAUGGAGAUGGAGAUGGAUACCAACAUGGACGGGGAGUUGGAUACCGAGAUCCCGAGCACUCAGGAGGAGAAGAAUGACCAGACAAAUCAAGAUGGUGGUGGUGCCAGGUAUCAGUGGUUUGAAUAUCGUAUGGAAGGUGUUAGGGUGGAUUGGGGUGAGUUUAUGUCGACGGAGCUGGAGGAGCCUGGGUCUGAGUUUGAGGGUAUGGGAGAAGAUGAGGGAGGAGAGGACGAGGAGUCUGAUGCAGAGAUGGGCAAACAGGAUGAAGAACGAGAUGGAAACGAUACUGAUGGGGGAAGUGAGAAGAGCGAGGGUCAUGCACACACUGGGGAUGAAUGUGCCGUAUGCGAGGACUGUGAAGAAGAUGGUGCAGGCACAGCCAGCUGGGAUGAAGUGAAAGGGGAUAGCAAAGAGGGUGACAUUACCGUGGAGAAAGUAUGUGCUGAUGAAGACGACUCUGAAGAGGAUGAGCCCAUGAGUGACGGCACACAGGCCGUGCACUGGGAGAUGGAAGACCCUCCUUCCCCUUUACCCGAAGGCGACCGCGAGUACUUCGCCGACGGAGUCAUGCAAGGUCAGAACCACCAACCCGUUUCAAUCAUCCCAAUACUUCCAUCAACAAUGCCUUCUAACCACCAUGCAGACACAGACACCGGCCCCCUCCCCUCCUACAUCAAGCUCCAAGAAAGCCACCCACCAUCAGUCCCAAAACACCUCUCGCACCUCGACACAAUAACCCUAAAAGCCUCUCUCCUCUCCCUCCUCCCAGGACCGUACUUCCUCUCCCUCCCGCCCGUGCGCGAAUCCAUGCACCAGCAAUCCAAAGAGUCCAUACUCGCCCUGCUAAGCACACACCUGGACCUGCACCAAGCGCGCGCACAAAAGUACGAGUCCCGCAAGACAGCAAUCAGGCUUUAUCAUCCCGACGCAACCAAAAAGGCGCUGAUACGGGAAUUCCUCGAUGGCAGGGCUGAAUCGAGCGGGUUUGAGCCGUUUGAUGUUAUCGAGGGACUCGGGGGUCAUAGUAUGGCGAAGCUGUGUGGUUUGUUGACGGCGGCGUUGAGGGCGGAGGGGUUGAGCACGCCGGAGCUUUAUAGGAUUCUUGUGGAGCCCGGUGUUGAGUAUCCGUUGUUGGCGGUUAUGGAGCUCUUUGGGGCGGCGGUGGUGCUUUGGAGAGAGGGUGGGGAGGGGGAGAAUGGGAUGUGGUGGGAGACUUAG